GUGUUCACUGUAGUAGUUUUGUCCUGUGGUUUGUCAGCUGUAGUGUUCAGUGUUGACUCCCCGCGACCCGCUGUGUGUUCAGAGGCGCUGCUGGGCGGAGACACGGAGAGAUGAGGAUGAUGAUGCUCCUCUUCUCCUCAUCUUCAUCUCACACUCCUGCAACAUCACAAUGACGGACAUCACACACGCGCGCGCUCUCUGUCUCUGUCGGCGAGAACACUCGUCUCUUUGACUCUCAUCAUGACGCGCUUUGACACGAUAAUCGCGCACGACGCUUCAGAUGAACACCAGUGACAGGCAAAUGCCACUUUCACGCAGAAUGGAUGAUUGACAGUCUCGUUAUCCAAUAGCAGUGAUGAUUGCAACUGGCGGCCUGCUGAGGAUCACUCGGCGACAGGAUUCACUGCGAUCCAAGAACCGAGCAGAAAACAAGAAAAAGAGGAAAGCCAAGAAGAAGCGUAAGAAUGACGUGGUGGUGGUGAAGGGUAAAGUGCAGCUGUGCUCGGGUUCGGGGCUGGUGGCGGCGCUGGGCGUGCUGAUCCUGCUGGUGGGUGUGGCCAUGGCCGUGCUGGGAUACUGGCCUGUUGAAAACACACACGCCACAGCGGGCUUCACGCAUAAUAACGAGUCCAGCUUUAACUCCUCGUCUCCCGUCGCACACUCACUCGGGUUCUUCCAGAGUCUGUUUGGUGGAUACCUGCAGUCGGACAACCUGAAAGUGCUGGGGCCGCUGGUCAUGGGCAUCGGCAUCUUCCUCUUCAUCUGCGCCAAUGCAGUUCUGCAUGAGGACCGAGACAAGAAAACGAAGAUAAUUAACCUGCGGGACAUUUACUCCACCGUCAUCGACAUCCACAGCCUGCGCAGCAAAGAUUGCAUCCCGUUCAAUGGCCUCAUCAGCCACAUGCAGUCUAAGAGUGGCGAGGGAAAAAACACGACGCCGAGAAACUCAGGAAAGCAGCGGCGCCUGUCGUGCGCCAGAAACAGCUUUGGGAAACACAGCCUGUGUGCCAAACGGCAGUCCUUCAGCGACACCAUCUACAGCAUCUCUGGAGGCGGGCAGGAGGCGCAGUGGGAAACACACUCCAUCGUCAGCUCGUCUCUGAACGCCUUCACGCUCCCCGUCAUCAAACUGAACAACUGCGAGAUGCAGGAGGCCGAGGCGUCUCGGAGGAGGAGCUGCGGAGGAGCCCUGGAGACCCGCGCUCAGGUGUCCCGCACACACAUCUCACGCUCACAGGACUCCCAGCUGGAGAAACGACCCACCGCUGCUGGGUCACUGCUGUCUCAGCUGGAGAAACGACCCGCCGCCGGGUCACUCCUGUCUCUGAACACACUGCCGGACGCAGCCGGAGCCCGUGGGGAGACGCCCGCGCGCAGGUUCAGCUGCCCUCGACUGGAGCGCUGCAGCAGCAGGAGAUACAACAAACUAGCAGAGCUGAGCGGAGACUCACUGGAGACACCUGACCCUGACACACACAC